CCUCUUGCUCUGGGGCUGGGCUGGGACUAGGAAGGGGUGGAAAGAAACCAGCAAGUUGGUGCCAGUUCCCCCCAGGGCCUCAAGGGACCUCCGCCUGAGGAGUCAGCCUUUGACCUUGUAAGCAUCGGGGGACUCCCGGGAGCCCCAGGGCGGGGAGCCCGCGCCGCCGCGCCCGGGCCGCCGGCGAUGAUCACCUAGGAGGCUGGCGCGAGAGGCGGAGGAGCCGGGCGCGGCGACACGCGGCCAUGGAGCGGGAGCCGGCGGCGGCCGAGGAGCCGGAGCUCCCGUGGCGGCGGCGGAGGCGGCGGAGGCGGCGGCGGCGGCGCCGGGAGGGCAGGACGCGCACGGUGCGCUCCAACCUGCUGCCGCCCCCGGGCGCCGAGGACUCCGCGGCGGGUGCGGCCAAGGGCGAACGGCGGCCGCGGCGGCGGCUGCGCGGGUGUGGCCAGCACCUGGCCGACAACAGGCUGAAGACCACCAAGUACACGCUGCUGUCCUUCCUGCCCAAGAACCUGUUCGAGCAGUUCCACCGCCUGGCCAACGUCUACUUCGUCUUCAUCGCGCUGCUCAACUUCGUGCCGGCCGUGAACGCCUUCCAGCCCGGCCUGGCGCUGGCGCCCGUGCUCUUCAUCCUGGCGGUCACGGCCUUCAAGGACCUGUGGGAGGACUACAGCCGCCACCGCUCCGACCACGAGAUCAACCACCUGGGCUGCCUGGUCUUCAGCAGGGAAGAGAAGAAGUACGUGAACCGAUUCUGGAAAGAAAUCCGCGUGGGAGACUUUGUGCAACUUCGCUGCAAUGAGAUCAUCCCUGCAGACAUUCUGUUGCUCUCGUCCAGUGACCCGGAUGGGCUGUGCCACAUUGAGACCGCCAACCUGGACGGAGAGACCAACCUGAAGCGGCGGCAGGUGGUGCGUGGCUUCUCAGAGCUGGUCUCCGAAUUCAAUCCUUUGACGUUCACCAGCGUAAUCGAGUGUGAGAAGCCAAACAAUAACCUGUCUAGGUUUCAUGGUUGCAUCAUUCACGACAACGGGAAGAAGGCCGCGCUGUAUAAAGAAAACCUGCUGCUGCGAGGGUGCACAAUCAGGAACACAGAGGCGGUGGUGGGCAUUGUCAUCUACGCAGGACAUGAAACCAAAGCUCUGCUGAACAACAGCGGACCCCGCUACAAGCGCAGCCAGCUUGAGAGGCAGAUGAACUGCGAUGUGCUCUGGUGUGUCCUUCUCCUCAUUUGUAUGUCUCUGUUUUCAGCGGUCGGCCAUGGAUUGUGGAUACAGCGGCAUCAAGAGAAGAAAGCACUGUUUGAUGUCCCUGAGUCUGAUGGCAGCGCCUUGUCCCCAGUCACAGCUGCAGUUUACUCAUUUUUGACAAUGAUAAUAGUUCUGCAGGUUUUGAUCCCAAUUUCCUUGUACGUUUCCAUUGAAAUUGUUAAAGUGUGCCAAGUAUACUUCAUCAACCAGGACAUAGAGUUGUACGAUGAAGAGACAGACUCGCAGCUGCAAUGCCGAGCUCUGAAUAUCACAGAAGACUUGGGGCAAAUACAGUAUAUCUUCUCAGAUAAAACUGGCACUUUAACGGAGAAUAAGAUGGUUUUCCGAAGAUGCACUGUGUCUGGCAUAGAGUAUUCCCAUGAUGCAAAUGCCCAGCGCCUGGCCAGAUACCAGGAAGCAGACUCAGAGGAGGAGGAAGUGGUACCCAGAGGGAACACAGUGUCGCAGCGUGGAAGCAUCGGAAGCCACCAAAGCAUCCGGAUAAUGAGCAGGAGCCAGAGCACCAGGUCCCACCGGCGCACGGGCAGCCGGGCUGAGGCCAGGAGGGCCAGCAUCCUGUCCAAGCACACGGCCUUCAGCAGCCCCAUGGAGAAAGACAUUACGCCCGACCCGAAGCUGUUUGAGAAGGUGAGCGAGUGUGACAGGUGCUUGGCUAUCUCGAGGCACCAGGAGCACCCGCUCGCUCACCUCUCCCCGGAGCUGUCCGAUGUGUUCGACUUCUUCAUCGCGCUCACCGUGUGCAACACAGUAGUCGUCACAGCCCCGGAUCAGCCACGGCAAAAGGUGAGGGUGAGGUUUGAGCUCAAGUCCCCCGUGAAGACGAUAGAAGACUUCCUGCGGAGAUUCACUCCCAGCCGCCUGACCUCAGGCUGCAGCAGCAUCGGGAGCCUGGCCACCAACAAGUCCAACCACAAAUCAAACCCCAACUUCCUGCCCAACCUGCCCAACGACAGCACACUUCUCGGGCUGGAGGAGAAGCUGGACCAGUCCGAACCAACCAUUGCCAGCAAUGGCUUCGGCACACAGUCGGAAUGCUGGGCCCCAGAGCAAGCCCGGGAGCAGAAACAGGUGUCGGAGGUGGAGCAGGAGCGAGAGCUGCGGUACGAGGCGGAGAGCCCGGACGAGGCGGCCCUGGUGUAUGCGGCCAGGGCCUACAACUGCGCGCUUGUGGACCGGCUGCACGACCAGGUGUCUGUGGAGCUGCCCCAUCUGGGCAGGCUCACCUUUGAGCUCCUGCACACACUGGGCUUCGACUCUAUCCGCAAGAGGAUGUCGGUGGUGAUCCGGCACCCGCUCACUGACGAGAUCAAUGUCUACACCAAGGGGGCCGAUUCAGUGGUCAUGGAUCUCCUGCUGCCCUGCUCCUCAGAUGACGCCAGAGGAAGGCAUCAAAAGAAGAUCCGAAGCAAAACGCAGAAUUACCUCAACCUGUAUGCAGUGGAAGGCCUGCGCACCUUGUGCAUUGCCAAGAGGGUUCUCAGCAAAGAAGAGUAUGCCUGUUGGUUGCAGAGCCACUUAGAGGCAGAAUCUUCUGUGGACAACCGUGAGGAACUCCUCUUCCAGUCUGCCUUGCGCCUGGAGACAAAUCUGCACCUGCUAGGUGCCACUGGGAUUGAAGACCGCCUGCAGGAAGGAGUCCCCGAAACCAUCACUAAAUUGCGUCAAGCAGGCCUGCAGAUUUGGGUUCUCUCUGGUGACAAGCAAGAAACAGCCAUUAACGUUGCAUAUGCCUGCAAACUGCUGGAUCAUGGCGAGGAGAUCAUCACCCUGAAUGCCGAGUCCCAGGAAGCAUGUGCCGCCCUGCUGGACCAGUGCCUGCAGUAUGUGCAGUCCCGGGGCAUCUGCAGCACCCCUGAGAAGACUGAAGGCAACGUGAGCGUAGGGUUUGCCCCUCUCUCCUCAACCUCCAUGUCCACUGCUGCCACCCCCAGUCCGUGCCUCGUGAUCGACGGGAGGAGUCUAGCAUAUGCCUUGGAGAAAAACCUGGAGGACAGAUUUCUCAUCCUUGCCAAGCAAUGUCGCUCAGUCCUCUGCUGUCGGUCAACGCCUCUGCAGAAGAGCAUGGUGGUGAAGCUGGUCAGAAGCAAGCUCAAGGCCAUGACUUUGGCCAUAGGUGAUGGAGCCAAUGAUGUCAGCAUGAUCCAGGUGGCAGAUGUGGGUGUAGGAAUCUCAGGCCAGGAGGGCAUGCAGGCAGUGAUGGCCAGCGACUUUGCAGUGCCAAGAUUCCGAUACCUGGAGAGACUCUUAAUUGUUCACGGACAUUGGUGCUAUUCCCGUCUUGCUAACAUGGUGCUGUAUUUCUUCUACAAAAACACGAUGUUCGUGGGCCUCCUGUUUUGGUUCCAGUUUUAUUGUGGUUUCUCUGCAUCUGCCAUGAUUGACCAGUGGUAUCUAAUCUUCUUUAACCUGCUCUUCUCAUCGCUUCCCCAGCUUGUGACUGGGGUGCUAGACAAGGAUGUGCCGGCCAGGGUGCUGCUGUCUGAGCCGCAGCUCUACAGGAGUGGCCAGAACAUGGAGGAAUAUCGGCCAUGUACGUUCUGGUUAAACAUGGCAGACGCUGCUUUCCAGAGCCUGGUUUGCUUCUUCAUUCCUUACCUGGCCUAUUACGACUCAGAAGUGGACAUGUUUACCUGGGGGACCCCCAUCACAGCCAUCGCGCUGUUCACCUUCCUGCUGCACCUGGGCAUUGAAACCAAAACCUGGACCUGGCUCAACUGGAUAACGUGUGGCUUCAGUAUCCUUUUAUUCUUCUCCGUGGCCUUGGUGUACAAUGCAUCUUGUGCGACAUGCUAUCCUCCAUCUAACCCAUAUUGGACCAUGCAGACAUUACUGGGCGACCCCCUAUUUUACUUGACUUGCCUCAUAGCACCUGUUGCUGCGCUACUGCCCAGAUUGUUUUUCAAAGCCCUCCAGGGGAGUCUUUUCCCUACCCCACUUCAGCUGGGACGUCAGUCGGCCAAGAAGACCCCCAAGAAGCUCAGCACUUCCAAAGGGAACCUUGCUCAGGAGCCCCUCCCAAGAGACCAGAGAACCGAGGACUCAGAAGAGAGGACCAUCGGCCCUUCCGAGUCUCUCUCUGGGGACUUUGCCUCCCAGGCUUCAUGGCACACACCGCAGCUGGCCUGUUCCCCAGAGGCCAGUGGGGAGCCCAGCGCGGUGGAUAUGAGUGUGCCCGUGAGGGAGGACCCCCUUCCGGAGGGGCUGAGUGCUCAGACCCCAGAGUCUUCCACACCAGGACAGGAUAUGCCAGCAGACUGUCCUGGGGACUCCAAGAGGAAACCCAGCAGUACAGGCAGGGCAGCCCCCCUGUCGUCCCUCUUCAACCUGCCCAACUUCAGCUCCCUCAACUGGAUCUCCUCCCUGUCUCUGGUCAGUGGGCUGGGCAGUGUCUUGCAGUUCUCCCGAAGUGGUUUGCAGAUGGACAAGCGGGACGGCGAGUUCCUGUCCAGACCCCCGCAGCCAGAUCAAGACCUGCAUGACUUGCGGGGACACGCCACGGACUACUUCUAGGAGCACCUUCCAGUGACCACGGCUGACUGCAGUCACACUGAAAACCUUGAAAUGGCCCUUUUUUAUAUAUAUGACAUAGAUGUGAAUAUUAUUUAUGUUUAUUAUUUGCACAGAAGAGUUCUAGGAAGAUGUAUUUUUUAAACGUUUCCAAGGCUAACACAGGAAACGAGAGGUACCAAAGAAAGUUUAUUUUUUGAAGUUCUACGUAGAGUAUAUUGAGAAGAGAAAUAAGAGCUUUAACAUAUAUAAAAGUUUCAAGAAGAGUGACACUUGAGAAGUGUGUUUAGAUUUAUUUUUUCAUCUCAUUUUGUAAGAAGAGGCAAUAUGAUUGUUUUUAUCAACAAGCAUGACCUUUUUUCUCCCCGAAUUUAAGUGUGUGAUUGAAUUCAGUGAACUUCAGAUGGGCGUCGGUGGGACAGAGGGGUCGAUGUUGGAGGGGAGAGUGUUGGGCCCCCAAGGCAGAUUCCCCCACUGGCUUCCAAUCCCACCAACAUGGGAGGGUUGGGGCUCCCCUUCACCCAGAAAAGGGAAAGUGAGACCUGAAGAGGAAUUCAUGUGUGCAGUUCAUUCCGGUGCCCAAUUCUAUGCAGGCAUUUCACGAAGAUCACCUUGUAGGUAUGACAGCCCCUCUGCAGCAUUUUGCCUGUUAAAUUCAUAACAAGCAAUAAACAACCUUCACCUUGCAAAGAGCA